CCUCAGCACCUCUUCCGGACCGUGUCGCCGAAGUCUCGCGAGCCCUGAGCGUGGCACGCGGGUUGGGAACUGUCGCGCUUCUCCCUCCACCUCCACCGCUGCCCUCCUCAGGCCCCCUCCGCCCCCUCCGUCCCCUCCAUCCCCGUCUCCGUCCUCCUCAGGCCCCCUCCGUCUCCGCCUCGUCCUCCUCAGGCUCCCUCCGUCCCCGCCUCAUCCUCCUCAGGCUCCCUCCGCCCCGCUCUCCGUCCUCCUCAGGCCCCCUCCGCCCCCGGCCCCGGCCCCACGGCGGGAUGCGGGACAACACCAGCCCCAUCAGCGUGAUUCUGGUGAGCUCGGGGAGCAGGGGCAAUAAGCUGCUGUUCAGGUACCCCUUCCAGAGAAGCCAGGAGCACCCGGCGUCCCAGACAAAUAAGCCACGUAGCAGAUAUGCUGUUAACAACACGGGCGACCAUGCUGAUGACCAGGAUGGUGAUUCCAGCGAGCCAUGUCCUCCAACCGAUGAGCAAUUGGUUGCAGGGUUUUCAGAUGUUAUUCUGGCAACAAUUUUGGCAACCAAGUCUGAAAUGUGUGGCCAAAAAUUUGAACUGAAGAUUGAUAACGUGCGAUUUGUUGGGCACCCAACACUGCUGCAGCAUGCUCUGGGGCAGGUCUCCAAAACAGAUCCUUCCCCGAAGAGGGAAACACCUACUAUGAUUCUUUUUAAUGUGGUGUUUGCACUGAGGGCCAACGCAGACCCGUCAGUGAUAAACUGUCUGCAUAACCUGUCCCGUCGUAUUGCCACCGUGCUGCAGCAUGAGGAGCGCCGCUGCCAGUACCUCACCCGGGAGGCUAAGCUGAUCCUGGCACUCCAGGAUGAGGUGUCCGCCAUGGCUGAUGGAAAUGAAGGUCCUCAGUCCCCAUUCCAUCACAUCCUGCCCAAGUGCAAGCUGGCCAGGGACCUCAAGGAAGCUUACGACAGCCUGUGCACGUCGGGCGUGGUUCGGCUUCACAUCAACAGCUGGCUGGAGGUGAGCUUCUGCCUGCCCCACAAGAUCCACUAUGCGGCCUCCAGCCUGAUCCCCCCAGAGGCCAUUGAACGAAGCCUGAAAGCCAUCCGCCCCUACCAUGCCCUGCUGCUGCUCAGUGAUGAGAAGUCCUUGCUGGGUGAGCUUCCUGUUGACUGCUCCCCUGCCCUAGUGCGGGUGAUCAAGACCACAUCUGCUGUGAAGAACCUGCAGCAGCUAGCCCAGGAUGCGGACCUGGCCUUGCUGCAGGUUUUCCAGCUUGCAGCUCAUCUGGUGUACUGGGGCAAGGCCAUCAUCAUCUACCCGCUGUGUGAGAACAACGUCUACAUGCUGUCUCCCAAUGCCAGCGUAUGUCUGUACUCCCCGCUGGCCGAGCAGUUCUCCCACCAGUUCCCAUCUCAUGACCUGCCGUCCGUGCUUGCCAAGUUCUCCUUGCCGGUCUCCUUGUCAGAAUUUAGGAAUCCCCUGGCCCCCGCUGUGCAGGAGACCCAGCUCAUCCAGAUGGUGGUGUGGAUGCUGCAGCGCCGGCUUCUCAUCCAGCUGCACACCUAUGUCUGCCUGAUGGCCUCACCCAGCGAGGAGGAGCCCCGCCCGCGAGAGGACGACGUCCCCUUCACUGCCCGGGUUGGCGGUCGCAGCCUCAGCACACCCAACGCCCUCAGCUUUGGCUCCCCAACCAGCAGCGAUGACAUGACCCUCACUAGCCCCAGCAUGGACAACUCCAGCGCAGAGCUACUUCCCAGUGGGGACUCACCACUGAACCAGAGGAUGACAGAGAACCUGCUGGCCAGCCUGUCGGAGCAUGAACGUGCAGCCAUCCUCAGUGUACCCGCAGCCCAGAACCCUGAGGACCUCCGCAUGUUUGCCAGGCUCCUUCACUACUUCCGCGGCCGCCACCACCUGGAGGAGAUCAUGUACAACGAGAACACGCGGCGCUCCCAGCUGCUCAUGCUGUUUGACAAGUUCCGCAGCGUGCUGGUGGUGAGCACCCACGAGGACCCCAUCAUUGCCGUCUUCCAGGCUCUGCUCCCCUGAGCCCAGGCGGAGGGCGGAAGGCUGCUGGGUGUGCAGGUGGGUGCUUGCGUCUCCCCACCCCAGGGCUCCCCCUGUGCUGAGGCUAAGCCCUCUUAGUCCUGAGGCCUGGCAUUGGGUGGAUGCCGGCCGGCCGGCCGUGGCCCAGUGAAGCCUGCAGAGCCCCGCUGUCCUGGCCCCUGGUGGUUCCGCUGUGGGGCUGCUGCCCUCUGUGUUCCUACACUUCCCUCCAGUCCUUGCCGCAUGCGUGGGCAUCUCCACGCUGGAGGGGGCCUGCCAGGACUCCUGUCUCUGGGUGAGGGCCGCAUCCUUCUAGGCCCACGUGGGCUGUGCAUUUCUCAGACGCUCCUUCCGUCCCUACACCUGCUCCUUGGACCACCCCCCCCAUCUGUGGCCACCCUGAAGAAUGUGCAGAAACACUUGUGUGGCCUCUCCCUAUCUGACAGCCUUCCAUUUGUGAAGUGCCCUGUGGCCCCCUCCCCAGCACCUCUGUCUGCCAUGUGCUUCUUCCUCCCAGGCUGCCAUGAGCCUUUCCUGGCCCAGCCCUCACCACAGUCCACAGAAGCCACAAACAGGCUCUUAGCCAAGCUGUGACCUGGUCCUGACCAUCUGGGGCACGAGGGCCUGGGCUGGCCCUGCUAGGCUGGAGCAGCCCUGUCACCUGUGCACAUCUUGCUGGUGGAGGCAUGGCCCACUGUCCAGGACCCCACCCUCGGGGGCUCUCGGCUCCCACACUGAUGAUUCUCCCCAGCAUCCACACCGGGCCUGGCGCUACGUACUCAGGGCCCCCAGCCCUCUUGUGCUGGAGGAAGAGCUGGCUCCAGACACGUGUUGAUCACCUAGAGGAGCUCUGGCUGACACAGUUUUCUAGAAAUAAAACAUUUAUUUGGUUUUUAAACAAUUAAAAAAUCUUGUCUGGGCAGGCCCUUUGCUCAGGCCUGUGUGUCCUGCUCAGCCGCUCUGUCGACCACACUGACCCAGGGGCUGCCCCGGAUGUAGAAGCGGAGGGGUUUCCGGGCCCACUCCCCAGCAUGGCCAACGCCCACCCGGGCUGCUGCCACAACAGCUGGCUCACUGGGCUCCAGGGGACCACGUUCCAGCCAUAUAGCUUCAUCCUGUGCCAGGUCCCUCUGGUCAAAGCUCUUGUUGAUGGCGAGGGCCUGGCACAGCUUGGAGGGGCCACUGCAGAGCUCGCGGUCCUUAAGGACACGGCUGGCGGUGCCUUUCCGGAGAGUGCUGCGAAGCUGACGCAUGGUCUCCAGACCUUCCAGGGGCUCCAGUGCUCGCAGCAAGACGCAAGCCCCGUCCCCUGUGGGACGGACAGUUUGGAAGUGGAGCCUCCCUAGGCUCCUGUCCUCUCUGCCCUAGUGCACAUCCAGACAUCCCAUGCUGCAGGGAGGGUGCAGCUGCCUUCCUGCCUGGGCCAGGGACCUGCUCUGUGCACCUGCACCGUCUGCUGGGUCUGACCUGGUGGGAGGGGGCUGCACCUCACUGUGUCCAGACCCCUCUGCCUACCUUGCCAUCCUCUAAGCCUGCACCAUGAGGUAGUGCCUCCUGUGGGCACCUCUGGCUCCCACCACCAGGCAGGGCCUCCACCACUGUGGCCGCCCCCACAAAGCCAGACUGUUAAAAACACAUGACAAAUGCUGGAUAUCAGCUCCUUUCUACCUGGCUUCCCCUGGUCUUGUGAUUGGCCACAGCUAUGAGGCCAGCAAAGGAAGCUCCAGAGAGCCAGUCCUCGGGUGCGAUCAUUCAGCCAGGAAGCAGGAAGCCUUGGCCCUGGCCAGGCCCCAGUGCUCCCCUUCUGCCUCACCCACUCAGCAUUUGUGUUGGUCAAGUGGUGGGGGCUAGGGGUUGGCUUAGAGCAGCUGCCAGUGUGCACCGGAUGCUGGGAGAGCCCAUGCAAUGACUCAGUGGAAGGACUGACUGCAACGCCCUGCACAGGCAGGGCAGGAGGAGGCUGAUGAAGCCCUCUCACCUCCCUUGGGAUCCCUCCUCCAGCCAAGCCCCCUCCCUCACCAGGCCAGGCCACUUGUGAAACAGAGACAGCAAGUGAAGGCUCCUGUGCCCAGGGGCUCACUCCAGCACAGACAACCAAAUUCCCUCUGCCCUGGACGUUUGGAAAGGCCCCUUGGAUUCCUGGCUGGGGACAACGAUGACCUGGACCCUGGCCAUAAGGGCCCUGGCCCUCCAGCGAGGCAGCUCCCUAGAGACACCUGCUCUGAUGCACCUGCGCACCCCUGGCCCUCCCAGCCACCUGGGAGUCAGAAGCUUAGCCCGGGGAUGGCCAAGCCAGUCCCUACUCUUGGGCUGCAGCCACAGUGAGGCUCUACAUCAGCAGCCAGGGGCAAGCACUAGUGGACAAAGCCAUGCCCUCCGGCAAAGCCAGCAAAUGCGGCAUUCCUGUGAGGAGAUAACCCUUGACCAGCCAGUUGUCAAAGUAUUUCAAGAUAAAAUCAAGGCCAAGCAAA